UUGACUGUCAUCAAAGCAUCCAUGAAGCCAAUGGCCCUAAGUGGAGUCCCAUUACUAGGAUUAUUCAUCAUGGCUGUCCUGAUGAGCUCUCAGGAAUCAGGGGCUAUCAAAGAGGAUCACGUGAUCAUCCAGGCUGAGUUCUCAGACCCAGACCAAUCAGGCGAGUUUAUGUUUGACUUUGAUGGUGACAAGAUUUUCCAUGUGAAUAUGGAAAAGAAGUAGACAGUCUGGCGACUUGAAGAAUUUGGACAUUUUGCCAGCUUUGAGGCUCAGGGUGCCUUGGCCAACAUUGUUGUGGACAAAGCCAACCUGGACAUCAUGAUGAAACGCUCCAACUACACACCGAUUGUCAAUGAAUCUCCAGAGGUGACACUGCUUGUGAAUAGUCCUGCAGAAGUUGGACAGCCCAACGUCCUCAUCUGUUUUGUUGACAAAUUCACCCCACCAGUGCUCAAUGUCACAUGGCUUAAAAAUGGAAAACCUGUCACCACAGGUGUGUCAGAGACAGUCUUCCUGCCUAGAGAAGACCACCUUUUCCGCAAAUUCUACUAUCUCCCCUUCCUGCCCUCAACAGAUGACUUCUAUGACUGCCAGGUGGAUCACUCGGGUCUUGACAAGCCUCUCCUCAAACACUGGGAGUUAGAAAUGCCAACCCCUCUCCCAGAGACGACAGAGACUCUGGUGUGCAUCCUGGGCCUUGUUGUGGGUCUGGUGGGCAUCACUGUUGGUACCAUCCUCAUCAUCAAGGGCACGCGCAAAGGCAAUGCUGUUGAACACCGUGGGCCUCUGUGA